ACCUCUCAAUUUCAGGAGCUGAAUUAAUUUCUAACUGAACACCUUUUAUUGGAUCGUUUGUCUGAAUGUGAAAAAAGGUUAACCGGGCGGGUUCAGGAGGCACCUCAAGGCUGAGGAGCCAAACCCAUAUCAUGAAAAUGAAUGAUGGAGCAGGCGAGGCUCGUCAACAACAGGCGCCCGAGCAGCGACGUGGAGCAGGUUACACUGUGUGAGCGUCGAAAUGACGCUAAGGCAGCCAUGAAGCUUCGCCUGCACUUCGUGGUGGACCCCAUGGGCUGGCUGUGCAUCAGCCUGGUGUUUGGGAUCUGGCUCUACAACUCCUUCUUCGUCCCUAAGCUGGUCCUGCUUCCCCACUACGACGAGGGCCACAUCCCGUGGGCCAUCGUCGUCUGUUACUAUAUCGCAUCCGCGCUCUGCUUAGCAGCUCUGUUCAGAGCCUCCACGGCAGAUCCGGGCCGUCUUCCUGUGGACCCCCACAUACCUCACUCAGAACGUGAGCACUGGGAGUUGUGCAAUAAGUGCAACCUGAUGAGGCCUAAACGAUCCCACCACUGCAGCCGCUGCGGUCACUGUGUUCGCAGGAUGGACCACCACUGUCCUUGGAUCAAUAACUGUGUGGGAGAAGACAACCACUGGCUCUUCCUGCAGCUCUGUUUCUACGCUCAGGUUCUCAGCUUGUUCACUCUGGUGUUGGACUUUUGCCAGUACUAUUACUUCCAGCCACUCACAAGACUAGACCAGGAGAAGUUUACAACGCGCCAUGAACUGGCUCUGCUGCGGAUCUCGGCGCUCAUGGGUGUGGUCAUGCUCGGCGGCAUGAGCAGCUUGUUUUACACCCAGAUGACAGGCAUCCUCUCUGAUACAACCACCAUAGAGAAAAUGGCUCACUUCUCUAAUGAAACAUAUGGCUCAAAGAGAGCGUGGCAGUGGGCGCUCGCUGAAGUCUGUGGCACUCGCUGGAAGCUGCUGUGGCUCCUUCCGCUGCGAGGCAGGCAGCCGCUCCAAGCCGGCCACCACUUCCGAACCCCCGUGUAGGCGGGUAUGGCUGCGGCACCUCCUGCCUGCACAGAUGGCGGGGCUGCCAUGAAGAAACGCCGCACACACACGUAAAGAAUCCAUCUGCUCGCCUCCACCGUCCUUUUUCUGCUGCGGGAGCUGCGCGGCAGUCUGGGUUUCUCGCUGGACGCUCCGUAGGGUUUCUCUGGGCUCUUUUACUAGAACCAGACUGACGGUGAACAGGGCAGAACUUUGAGUGACGGGGGAACGUUGCUCUUUCUACUCACUGUGACAGCUACUUAUUGACUCGCUGCAUCAGAUGGACGCAUGGCAAAAGGGACCCUCUCAGGUUACGUUAACAAGGAGCCUUUACUACUGACCUUUACUCCAAUACAGGAAGACUCCAGUGUGUCGAUGUGUGUAGAAAAGCGUUUUUAUUUUGUACGUUUGUGCCUUGUUUCUUUAGUUGUCCUUGUUAAGUUGUCAGGCACGAGCAGCGAGUUUCCUGCUGAAUAGGGAAGGAACGGGUGUUGACUGCAUUCAUCUUAAGGAAUGCUCACUUGAAUGAACGCAUUGAUGUUUUAAUGAAGCUCCAUCACAGAAGGUGGUUCCUUUGAACACGUAAUACUUCACACCUGGGCAUGAAGACGAGACAGUUAGCGCGUCACCUCACUAUGCUACUGUACAAAACCAGGAUUAUUGAUUCCACCUUUGUGUCUGUGCCCUAGUAAAGAAGCUAAUGUCUGUGCGUUAGCGUAUUAGCUUAGCUUAGCCUAAACAAAGAUGCUAACCUCCUGUACAUCCAUGUUUCUUCUGGUUGUGUUGGAGUUACAUAUUUCUUCAUCUUUAGAAAUACUUGAAGCCCAAAUUGUAAAUUUACCUUUUAGAAUGAUGUAACAAUCCCUGAAAUUUUAAUUAUAAAACAAUCAACUUUGUUACAAAGCAACGCCGGCGGCUGUCUUUAUGCUAAGCUAUGCUAACUGCCCACUGGUACAUUAACUGACAUUUAUUUUUUUGUUUACGACAAAAACGUACGCUUCAACUGUGUCUUAAAUGUGUCAUGACAGGCGAUUUUACACGUGUGUAGUUUUUUAUCAGUAACAAAGCUGGAAGUCAUCUGGCAUUUUAUUUCUAGAGGGUUUUCUGUAACUGUGGUACUGUUUGUGUUGAGUGGUUGUCGGUCUAUAAUACUCGGUACUCUCUAAGCUAAACCUGUAUGUAGACAAAGCUUGCUGUGUGGGACAUAUUACAUUAUCCAAGUAGUUUUAAAGUGCCUGUACAUCGUCAUGGUCACGUUGGUCUCAGUACAAACCAAAGACCUGGGAAACAGUAAAGGCAAUAGUCAGCGAGCGAUCGGUUAAUGCAUGUUUCACCAAAUGUGCGGCGGUAGAAGUUCAAUAUAAUGCACUGAUUCUCCUCUUGGUUUAUUUGCUGUGUAUACAAAGUUUAACCCAGUUGUUGGAAUUUGCAUGAGUGUGUGUUGAUAACUUUGCUCAGUGGUUUUUAUAACUCCUUCAGGUUCUGUAUGUUUGUGAGACUUAUUUAUAUUUUGGUGGUGAGAUUAUGGGUUGUAGGUACUAAAGUAUAUGGGUUCAUAUAGUCUAUUAUUUAUGAAGCAAUAAGCAUUGUGCGUCAGUAAAGCCAUCGUAUUGUUAGCUCAUCACUCCGACAACCUCAGCCUGUAACUGUCGUGUGAAGCUUCACCAGCACGUCAGCUUGUGUUGUUAGCAAAAGAACAAAAGGCUCGAUACACGUGGGUUUCUGAAUCAGAAGUUGAGUCGACCCAUUGUGCAAACAAGCCAGUGGCUGCGCUCGCUCUCGUCCGUCAUCGGGUGUCACCCGGGCGCUUUGAUUGAACCUGCGUUGUUCACUUCGGUGUUUAAAGUUUGACUUUGUUCCGUUCGGACCUCACACUGGAGAAGCUUAAGUUGUGUUUACAAAUGGUACGUCAUAAAUAUGUUAUUUAUUCCUGCUAUAGAAAUGAUAAUCUGUUAGAAAACUGAAAUAAUUAUUCUGAAAAAUAUCAUAAAGAUUUUCAAAUUCCAAUAAAUUAGAUUAUGAAUAAAUUUAAAUGCUUAAUUCAUUUGUAUGUCACUGGUUUUAUGUUAUGUACAUUUUCUUUUUAACUAUAAAACCUGGAAUCUGAACAAACGUUAUAACA